AUGGUUGGAACCCCGUACUGGAUGGCUCCUGAGGUCGUCACGAGAAAGGAGUAUGGCCGGAAGGUUGACAUCUGGAGCUUGGGUAUCAUGGCUAUCGAGAUGAUCGAGGGCGAGCCGCCAUAUCUGACUGAGUCGCCUCUGCGAGCCCUGUACUUGAUUGCCACCAAUGGCACACCAACCAUCAAAGACGAGCAUAACUUGUCACCAGUCUUUCGUGAUUUCCUGCAUCUUGCACUCAAGGUUGAUCCCGAGAAGAGAGCAUCGGCGCAUGACUUAUUGAUGCAUCCUUUCAUGUCCCUGUGCUCCCCUCUAUCCCACCUGUCACCGCUUGUGAAAGCUGCGCGCAUGAGUAGAGCUCAAGAAAAAGCUCAGAAAGGGGGCGCUUGA